AUGGACGCCACCACAGCCCCCCACCACAUCCCAGUGGAAAUGCCCAAAUAUGGGGAGCACCAUCAUAUCUUCGAGUUGAUGCAGAUCAUGCUACAGGAACUCUUGAUUCACCAACCAGAGGAACCCAUUCAGUUUAUGUUGAAUCACUUGCAACGAGACAAUGAUUCGGUGCCAAGGAUUUUAAUAUUGGGCCCACCUGCCUCUGGGAAAACAACUAUUGCAAUGUGGCUUUGUAAACAUUUGAAUGCCAGUCUCAUUACGAAGCAGAACUUGAUAUGGAAUGAAUUUUCGGCCCUAGCUGCUAGAGCAGCUGUGAUCUAUAAAGUAGAGCAGGCAAUUGCUGAUUCACUACUGAUGAAAUUGCUUGAGGAACGUCUGGCAAAGGAAGAAUGCGUCUCAAAGGGCUGGAUUAUGGAUGGCAUUCCUGAAACUCGAGAACAGGCACUGAUGAUACAGACUUCUGGAAUCUCUCCCAGGCAUGUCAUUGUGCUGAGCGCUCCAGACACUGUCCUGAUUGAGAGAAAUCUGGGCAAACGGAUUGAUCCUUAUAAUGGAGAGGUUUAUCACACAACUUUUGACUGGCCCUCGGAUCCUGAAGUGCAGAAGCGGCUGAAGGCACCAUUUGGCAUCUCUGAGGAGGAAACAGCCAAGAGACUAAUUGAGUAUCACAGGAACAUUACUAGGAUUCUCCCUUCUUAUCCUAAAAUUUUGAAGGUUAUCAGUUCUGAUCAGCCUUGUGUGGAUGUCUUCUACCAGGCUCUAACCUAUGUCCAAAGCCAGCAUCGGUCAAAUGCUCCUUUUACUCCAAAGAUUUUGCUUUGUGGACCCACGGGCAGUGGGAAAAGUCUACAGGCAGCUCUCCUUGCUCAGAAAUAUGGCAUUGUCAAUGUCUGCUGUGGGCAACUGCUGAAAGAAGUAGUUGCAAGCCAUACAAAUGUUGGAGAACACAUCCGGCCAUUUCUUGAAAAGAAAAUGCGAGUUCCUGAUCAAAUCCUCAUAAGAGUCCUGGUAAACCGUCUCAGUAAACAGGAUUGUACUUGCUAUGGAUGGGUACUUCAUGGAUUCCCCCUAGACUUAGACCAAGCAACUCUCCUGGAUACCGAGGGAUUCAUGCCCAACAGGGUGUUUUUUCUCAAUGUACCAUAUGAUUCUGUCAUUGAACGGUUGACUCUAAGAAGAACAGAUCCAGCCACAGGAGAAAGAUAUCACCUCAUGUACAAGCCCCCUCCAACCAUGGAGGUCCAGGAGCGUCUCAUCCAGCACCCAGACGACACAGAGGAGAAAGUGAAGCUCAAAAUGGAUUCGUUCUACAAAGAUUCUUCUUUGCUGGAAGACUUCUUUGAGAAUGUCAUUUACGUCAAUGGGGAUCAAGACCCUUACACUGUCUUUGAGUAUAUAGAGAGUGGGAUCAUUAUGCCUUUGCCCACUAAAAUCCCAUUAUAA